AUGAGCGGUCGAAGAAGCAUGGAUCAUCAAGAUGAAGAGGAAGAAGAAUUGUUCAUUCGAGUGACAGCUCCAGCCACCUUGGAAGAAGGAUAUUCGUUUGACGUUUUGGUAUCAGGAGAACCAUUUACCGUUCAUGUUCCUCCUGGGGGAGUAAAGGAAGGAGAUGAAUUUGAUGUUCUUUACGACCGUGCCCCAAGGUACUUGCGAGAGAGCCAUGGCCGGGCAAAUUAUCAUCAUGACGAGCAGGAGGAGGAAGCAGGAUACGGCAACAACGAAGCAGAAGAAGAGGACGAAGAUGAAACACAUCUCAGCAAAGAUGGAAAUACGUUGAUUGCUGGGAAAGAUGAAGAUGAUACGUAUCUUACCAAAGAUGGUGAUACUUUACCGGCUCGUACGCUCACUUUGAGUGACGAGGAGGAAGUGGCUGGUGAAGACGACAAGACCAUCAAGACUUGGUUUGACGAGGAGACAGGAGCUCCCAUUGGACGAUGGAGAACCAAACUCUGUAGCUGUUGGGAUGUGAUCACACAGUCAACCUUUUGGAUGGCUUGUUGCUGCACUCCUGUCCUUAUUGCACAGCUCAUUCAUCGAUUUCAUUUGACUUGGACUGGUUUGGUAGGGGAUGUUGCCGACACCCAGCUGAGUUACAAUCGAAUUGUUAUUGGAUUCCUCGUCGCCUUGGGCUUCUGGAAGGUCCCCGGAUUAGGAGACCUGAUCAUGACCAGCUAUUGGGUGUUUGUCGUGGUCUAUAUUGGCACUCAAGUCCGAGCGCACAUGCGCCAAAAAUACAAGAUUCCAACCACCUUGCCAACGAGGUGCUUGAAACGUCACGAAGACUGCUGUUGCAUGACCUUUUGUGGAUGCUGCGCCACGAUUCAAAUGGCGAGGCAUACACACGACGAUAAAGAAUAUCCAGGCCACGGUUGCACCACCACUGGAUUGGGAUUCGAUGCUCCCCCUAUCAUGGCAGACGUUUGA